AUGGAUUUGGACGACAGAGACCCGGACGGCUUUAAAUUCCCGUCGAAAAAGAACAACAAUCCUCGAAAAGCAUCCGAACCAACAACGACGAAACCUCUUUUGCGCUUUGGGGAAAACGGAAACGGGAAGACGAAGAAUAAAAUGCGAGGCGGGAUUCAGUUUCGAAACAAAGAAGAAGAAAAAGAAGAAGACGGCGAACGGGCGCAGUUCGACGCGUGGAUAGUCACGACGUUUUUCAUAAACGAAAAGCGCGAUAAUGAUAACGAGAAUAAAGCCUUGCUCGCGGACCUUCGAGAACACGUUUUCAAGGAAUUUAGACACCAGGACAAACGAGAGCGGUUCGAGAGGAGGAAAAAAGAGUUUCAGAAUUUGGCCGUUGGUAUGGGUUUUACGGGGUUUUCGGAUCGAUUUGUCUCUCUCGAUUCGCGGAGAAGCGAGGGGGAGAGUAGUACCGCGAGUUAUGAUGGAGCGUCGCCGUCGCCGUUGGUCGAUAUUCCGGUACACGUGCGAGAUAUCGUCUUGAAAAAAGCAGGCGCGAGGGCGGCGGCGGCGAUUGCGUGCACGUGUAAGGAACUCAGGGAUGACGUGAGAGAUCAUAAGAAGCGGGCGACUGGGAAUUUUAAGAUACGGCCGUGUGAUGUGAGCGGAGGGGAGGAGGUGAAGCAUAUUUUGCAGCCUUAUUCAAACGUGACCGGCGUGAGCGUCGAUAAAUUGAUGCUCCAUCGAGGAGAGCGUGCUUUGGAUCCACACUUCAAUAGACAAGUAAAGCGUAAAAUGAUUGAAGAAGUACUUGCCUUCACUCAUUUGAACGAGAAAGUUACUCGAUUGGGAUUUACGAACAGCGAAUUGGACUAUACUGACUUUAUGCGAAUAAUGUAUCAAAGUUCGAUUAAUGUCCAUUCGUUUGAUUUUUCUGGGAAUAAUAUCAAACGAAUGGACACUGGUAUCGGUUUUGGCCUGGGAUGGGUACAUCAGUGUAUUAGUGACGGGGUUGGGAUGGAUCUAUUUAAAUGGCGAGAAUUCGCUGGUGUAUCGUUUGCCGAGCGUGUAUACACUAUCUUUGCUUCGACUUCAUUAACCAUGCCGGCAGGUAAAGUGUUUUUAGAGUUGAACGUUUCAAAUUGUGGAUUAGAGCAUCAUUUAGAGGUGUUCUUUUACCUUUGCGAGUUUCCAAAUCUGAAGCGAUUGGACGCGUCGAGAAACCAGCGAUUAAAUAUCUAUGAGCCAGACGACGAGAAGAGCAUUGGUUUGUAUGGGUGUCGUCGCGAUUUUUAUCACAAAUACGGUAGUUCAACUGGACAUACAGGUAUCAGCUGCUCGCUUGAGCAUUUGAACGUGUCAGGCAGCGCGACGUUGCAUUUCCGCUUACAACCGAGCAUGCCGUUUAAUCCUUUCGCAAACUUCAAUAAGUUGAAAGAGUUGAACUUGAGUGUAUCCAUGCGUUUGCAAUCAGUGUAUCUCAGAGAUUUACCUAAUCUGGAGGUGUUGAAUCUCGUGAAUUGCAAAAAAUUACACACUCUUGUAUUGGUGAAGCUGCCAUCGUUGCAGACGCUGUCUCUCGACAUAUGCAAAAAGUUGAGGAAUGUAUUCUAUUCUAGCUCUCGCCUCCCGGAUCCACACAACGUGGCGGACGAUUUUUUUUACGAUGGAUUCAAUUUUAUUGAAGAUAAAAUUGAAAGUUUGCGGAAGCUCUCCAUGAACCAAUGCGACGCACUUAUCGAGAGGAGACAUUUGAAUUUGUUACGUUCGGCUGUAAAUCUCGAGCACUACCGAUGCGAGGGAUUACACAGCGAGAAUGUGCGAGAAGUUCGCAUACCGAGCACGUCUUUGGUUUCCGUAGAAAUGAGUGGAUGUAAACAAAUUCAAUGCAUUCUCUUGAAUACGGCGAAGUUGAAAUUGCUAAGAGCGAGAAAUUGUCGGUCUUUAAAGGAUAUCCGAGUGAACACAGGACAACAACGCGCGGCUAGCGUGGAAACGACCGUGGAAAUUGACGUGAGAAAUAACGCAAAAUUGGUAAGCGUCACGGGAUUGCGCGUCGAUCGAUCUACGCGCAUAUUAGCCGGCGGCGCGACAUCGUUAGAACGCAUACAAACGGUAGAUUAG